CAUUAAUUUGCCUGCAGCCUAUUGAAUAGCUAUAAAAAGAAGCAAUGAGAUGCAACUGUUCAACAGUCUGUAAAAUGAAGUUAACGUUGCUUUUUCUUGCAAGCUACAUUGCGCUGGGAACAGCAGUUCCAGAGAGAGGUUUGUUCCUGAACCUGGGAAAUGGAGAGCUUUGCGUUGGAAGCUUUCAGUGCAAGAGCCAUUGCUGUCAAAGAGACACUGGACUGAGUCUUGCAAGGUGUGCCAGUAAAGGUGCUGAAAGAAGCUCCUGCCUCGAAUCAUGUAGGUGGUCAACAUUACUUUCACUCAUUAAAAUUCUCUUGUAUAAUGUUUAUUACAAAUGUCCCUGCGAAGGUGGCCUAAAAUGUGACGGUGAUAAAUCGAUCAUCGGAUCCAUAACCAACACGAACUUUGGUACUUGCAAGGACCCCAACAGUAUUGCGUAAGCAGUCCAAACAGAAAAUGCAAUAAAGAUCUUUCCUCCAUCAUCAUACUUCACUUGUCUCAAUGCCAACUUGUAAUGCCUACGCCUGAAUGUCACAAAUACGGCUCUAAUCAAAACAUGAACGUAAAGUUGAAAAUGAUGCAGCUCUCUGAUCUCCUGAGGUUUUGCCAUCAUAUUUCAUCUUUUAAAAAAAAGCCAUCGUUUUACUAAUUAAAUCCA